UUCCACCUCAAAAACAUUUCAACUAUCCACAACUCCUUAUCUUUAUUCCAUCUUCCUGCUACAAAUAAUCCCGAUAUCAUAUUAUUAUCACCAUUUUCGUCUUACAAUUGCAUUUCUAAUGGCAGCUGACUCAAACAGUAGGAAUUCCAAUACUCACCUAUUGGAAGAGCUUGAAGCACUUAGCCAAUCCCUCUACCAAACUCACCCUGCAACCACUAGAAGAACUGCCUCUCUUGCUCUUCCUCGAACUUCAGUUCCCCCAAUCACAUCUACUGAUGAGAAAACCACUGCUAAACUUGAAGACAAAACCACCAAUAGACCCAGGUCCAGGCGCAUGUCCUUGUCACCAUGGCGUUCAAGGCCAAAGCUUGAUGAUGAAAAUCAGCAGCAGAGAGAUAGAGGCAAGGUGUUAAACCAACCAGACAUCAACAUAUCAGAUGAAAAAGGAACCUCAGCAGAAAAGAAAGGAAUUUGGAAUUGGAAGCCUAUUCGAGCUCUUUCCCAUAUUGGAAUGCAGAAAUUGAGUUGUUUGUUCUCUGUUGAAGUUGUUACAGUCCAGGGCCUUCCAGCUUCCAUGAAUGGGCUUCGGCUUUCUGUUUGUAUAAGAAAAAAAGAAACGAAGGAAGGAGCAGUUCAUACAAUGCCCUCGAGGGUUUCACAGGGAGCUGCUGAUUUUGAAGAAACCCUGUUUGUUAAGUGUCAUGUUUAUUGCACUCCCAGCAAUGGGAAGCAGCUGAAAUUUGAGCCUCGUCCGUUUUGGAUUUAUGUGUUUGCAAUUGAUGCUGGAGAGCUUGAUUUUGGAAGGAGUUCCGUGGAUUUGAGCCAGCUUAUUCAGGAAUCCAUGGUGAAGAGUUUUGAAGGUUCUCGUGUUCGGCAGUGGGACAUGAGUUUCAAUCUGUCAGGAAAGGCAAAAGGCGGAGAACUUGUUCUGAAAUUGGGGUUCCAAAUUAUGGAAAAAGAUGGAGGACUUGAUAUUUAUAGUCAGGCGUCAAGCAAAUCUAGAAAAUACUCUCCAUCUUUUGGCCGUAAGCAAUCAAAAACUUCAUUUAGUGUCCCUAGUCCGAGGAUGUCAAGCAGAGGUGAAGCAUGGACACCUUCAGAGAGAGGAGCAUCAGCAGAUCUUCAAGGAAUUGAUGACUUGAAUCUGGAUGAGCCUGCACCAGUUCCUUCAACGGCUCCCUCUGUUCAGAAGUCCAAAGAACCAGAAUCAAAAAUAGAAGAUCUUGACCUCCCAGACUUUGAAGUUGUGGAUAAAGGAGUUGAGAUUCAAGACAAAGAAGAGGUUAGGGAAGGUGAAUCCGAGGAAACCAAUGAAGAAAAGUCAGCAUCAAAUGAGGUUGUCAAGGAGAUAGUGCAUGAUCAGCUACAUCUUACAAGACUAUCAGAGCUUGAUUCAAUUGCUCAGCAAAUAAAAGCUCUUGAAUCUAUGAUGGGAGAAGAAAAAAUCAUCAAAACAGAAGAAGAAACAGAAUCACAGAGACUAGAUGCAGACGAAGAAACUGUAACGAGGGAAUUUCUUCAAUUGCUCGAGGAUGAAGAGAGUAAGAAAUUUAAAUUUUAUCAACCAGAAAUUUCUCCUCUGCAGCUAGAUGAAAAUGAAGAUUCAACAGAUGCUGAAACCAAAGUAUACCUUCCGGAUCUUGGAAAGGGUUUAGGUUCCGUUGUUCAAACAAGGGACGGAGGCUACUUAGCUGCCAUGAAUCCUCUGGACACUAUAGUUGGAAGGAAGGACACUCCAAAACUAGCUAUGCAGAUAUCAAAACCUUUUGUUCUUCCGUCAAAUAAAUCCAUGAGUGGGUUUGAAUUAUUUCAGAGAAUGGCAGGCGUUGGAUUUGAGGAACUCAGUUCAGAAAUCUUGUCUUUGAUGCCUAUGGAUGAACUGAUUGGUAAAACUGCUGAACAGAUAGCCUUUGAAGGCAUUGCUUCUGCAGUCAUCCAAGGAAGGAAAAAAGAAGGUGCUAGCUCAAGUGCUGCACGCACCAUUGCUGCAGUAAAAACCAUGGUCACUGCCAUGAGUACAGGCAGGAAAGAAAGGAUUUCAACAGGACUUUGGAAUGUCAAUGAAAAUCCGUUGACGGCAGAGGAGAUUUUGGCGUUCUCCUUGCAGAAGAUUGAGGCAAUGGCAGUUGAAGCCUUAAAAAUUCAGGCAGAAAUGGCCGAGGAAGAUGCUCCCUUUGAUGUUUCUCCACUAACUCAUAAGACAAUUACAAGUAGUGGCAAAGAUCAGAGUCACCCUCUCACUUCGGCUGUUCCACUUGAAGAUUGGAUAAAAAAUUACAGCUCAACUGCUUCUGAUGGUCAGCUAGGGGACCAAGAGGCAAUUAAAGUAGUAGUGGUCAUCCAGCUGCGUGAUCCAGUUAGGAGAUAUGAGGCAGUUGGAGGUCCAGUAGUAGCUCUUAUUCAUGCUGAAUGUGCCAACACAAAUGUGGUCAAGUAUGAUGAGGAAAAGAGAUUCAAAGUAGCCAGUUUGCAUGUUGGAGGUUUGAAGGUACGAACUGAAGGAAAGAGGAAUGUGUGGGAUGGUGAAAAACAGAGGCUAACUGCUAUGCAAUGGCUGUUAGCUUAUGGUCUAGGAAAGGCAAGGAAAAAGGGAAAACAUGUCCUCAUAAAGGGACAAGAUUUGCUGUGGUGCAUUUCCUCGCGGGUAAUGGCUGAUAUGUGGCUUAAACCAAUGAGAAAUCCAGAUGUAAAGCUUUCAAAGUAAAAGAGUACUUUUGUAGUUCAUUCCAAAAAUCUAAAUCGACUUUAGAAUCUCCUUCCUGGCCAUAAACAUAAAAGAGUGUUAUUAGAAAGUGUAAGGAUUAUGCCUCAGUUUUAAAUUUAAUAAAGACAUAUAUGAUAAUGUUGUACUUGUAAAGAGUAUUGUUUCAAUGUAUAUGUAAUAAAAGUCCAAUUUCUCUCUUA